AUGAAGAAUUCUCACAUUUCUUCUCUUGUUUUCUUCUACCUUUUGCUUGUCUCAGUGAGCUCCAAUCUUAUUCAAGAAUCUUGCAACAAAGCUGCAAAGCUUGAUCCCCAAACUAUAAAGGUGGACUUUUGUGUAUCAAAAUUUGAAGGGAAUCCCAAAGCCAAAUUAGCUACUACUAUUUCAGAUUUAGUUGAAGUCUCUAUUGAGGCUUCCAUAACUAACGCGACGAGCAUUGGAUCCAAGCUUUUGGAAAGAAAAAGCCUUGAAUCUUUUGAAAGGAACGGCUUGAAAAAUUCCUAUUGGCUUUACUCUCUUGUAGGGACUUGUUUACAAGGUGCUGAGGAGGUUUUUAAGGCUAAAAAUUAUGCAACUACUUGUGUAGACAUAGUUGCUUCUAUUGAAGCACCAAUGAAUUGUGAAGACCAGUUCAAGAAGAAGAAAGGGUUCGUGUCACCGUUGACAAAGGAAAACAGUAUAUUCUUUCUGCUAACUAACAUCUCUCAUGUGUUCAUGACCAUAGUCCAAAAAGGAUGA